GCGAAUUGACAAAAGUCAGAGGUCACCUGUAACCCUACUACUACAUAACCACAUACACCAACUACAACACUCUUCGAGGAUCGCACCGACUGCCACUUGCACCGAAAAUCAGCCAAGAUGAAGAGAACAACGCCCCCCGAGGUCGCCGAUGAGGUCGAGGUUUCCGCCGAGAGCGGCUCCAAGGGCCAGAUGUCCGUCCUGGAUGCCCUCAAGGGUGUCCUCAAGCUCUCCCUGAUGCACGACGGCCUUGCCCGUGGUCUUCGUGAGGCUUCCAAGGCCCUCGACCGUCGCCAGGCCCACAUGUGCGUCCUGAACGAGGCCUGCGAGGAGGAGGCUUACAAGAAGCUCGUCAUCGCCCUUUGCUCUGAGCACAAGAUCCCCCUGAUCAAGGUUCCCGAUGGCAAGCAGCUCGGCGAGUGGGCCGGUCUCUGCGUCCUCGACCGUGAGGGUAACGCGCGCAAGGUUGUCAACUGCUCUUGCGUCGUCGUCAAGGACUGGGGUGAGGAGUCGCAGGAGCGCUCCAUCCUCCUCAACUACUUCCAGACCGAGCAGUAAACAGAUCACCGGGCUUAGAUGGGCGUCAAAGGCAGGAAGGGUAUAGAGGCAGUGUGGAUGUGGCAUUCAUCCGUCGCUGCGACGAUUUGGGUUGUACUCUAGCUUUUUUCAGCUGGCGUUGCGCAUCAUGACGGUUACCUGGGCAUGACUACGUAUGGAAGACAAAAAGACAAAAAAUGCCCGUCAGGGCGCACCUC